CCGGGUCCCUCGGGAGCAGAACAGCCUUGGUGAGGUGGACAGGAGGGGACCUCGUGAGCAGACGCGCGCCAGCGACAGCAACCCCGCCCCGGCCUCUCGGGAGCCGUGGGGUAGAGGCUGCGGAGCCCCAGGAGGGUCUACCAGCCACAGUCUCUGCACAUUUCCAAGAGCAGCAGAAAAAUGAACACAUCGCAGGGGCCAGUGUCAUUCAAAGAUGUGGCUGUGGAUUUCACCCAGGAGGAGUGGCAGCAACUGGACCCUGAUGAGAAGAUAACAUACGGGGAUGUGAUGUUGGAGAACUACAGCCAUCUAGUUUCUGUGGGUGAGGAUAGCUUGCUUUCUUUUUUUUUUUUUUUUGAGACGGAGUCUCGCUUUGUCGCCCAGGCUGGAGUGCAGUGGCGCGAUCUCGGCUCACUGCAAGCUCUGCCUCCUGGGUUCAAGCGAUUCUCCUUCCUCAGCCUCCCGAGUAUCUGGGAUUACAGGCCCAUGCCACCAUGCCUGGCUAAUUUUUGUAUUUUUAGUAGAGACGGGGUUUCACCAUGUUGGCCAUGCUGGUCUCUAACUCCUGACCUUGUGAUCCGCCUGCCUCGUCCUCUCAAAGUGCUGGGAUUACAGGCCUGAGCCACUGUGCCCAGCCUAUUUAUUUAUUGAGACGGAGUCUCACUCUGUCACUGAGGCUGGAGUGCAGUGGCGCAAUCUCGGCUCACGAUAACCUCUGCCUCCCAGGUUCAAGCGAUUCUUGUGCCUCAGCCGCCCGAGUAGCUGGGAUUACAGGUGUGCACCAUCACGCCCGGCCUAUUUUUGUAUUUUUAGUAGAGACGGGGAUUCAGUAUGUUGGCCAGGAGUUCACUCUGUUGAGCUCCUGGCCUUGUGAUCUGCCCGCCUCAGCUUCCCAAAGUGCUGGGAUUACAGGAGUGAGCCACUGCACCCGGCCCCCUUCAUUUAAUUUUAAAUUGUGGUUAAAAAAAAAAACACCUAACACUGCCGGGUGCGGUGGCUAAUGCCUGUAAUCCCAGCACUUUGGGAGGCCGGGGCGGGCGGAUCACGAGGCCAGGAGAUCGAGACCAUCCUGGCUAACACGGUGAAACCCUGUCUCUACUAAAAAUACAAAAAAAUUAGCCAAGCGUGGUGGCGGGCACCUGUAGUCCUAGCUACUUGGCAGGCUGAGGCAGGAGAAUGGCAUGAACCCGGGGGGCAGAGCUUGCAGUGAGCAGAGAUUGCACCACUGCACUCCAGCCUGGGUGACAGAGUGAGACUCCGUCUCAAAAAAAAAAAAAAAUGUAACAUACAAUUUACCAUCUUAACCAUUUUUAAGUGUACAGCAAUGUUAACUGUAUUUGCAUUGUUGAGCAAUAAACUUCAGCAUUGUGCGUUGUGUGUCGGGUUUUGUCAAGCACGUGACAGCACGUGGUAGGUGUGGAGUGUGGCUCAUCAGCAAGCGCUCUGGCAAGUCGUGCUUUCGCCAUCUUCAUCCCUACUUCCUGUGCUUCCACUCCCUUGGGUCCCAGGAUCCCACUCCUUCAGUGAAACUCAGUCUUCCGUCUCUGCUUGGUGCUCUUGUCCUGGUUUCUGCUCAACUCAGCGCCGUGUCUCUGUUCCCCAAAGUUCUGUUUCUGUUCUGCACUGCCCCCUCCCACAAGGUCUCGGCCGGGCAUGGUAGCUCACGCUUGUAAUCCCAGCACUUCGGGAGGCUGAGGCGGGCAGAUCACCUGAGGUCAGGAGUUCCAGACCAGCCUGGCCAACAGAGUGAGACCCGUCUCUACUAAAAAUACAAAAAUUAGCUGGGCAUGGUGGCAUGUGCCUGUAGUCCCAGAUACGUGGAGGCAGAGGCAGGAGAAUUGCUUGAAGCCGGGAGGCAGCAGUUGUGGUGAGCAGAGAACAUGCCACUGCACUCCAUCCUGGGCGACAGAGCGAGACUCUGUCAUAAAUGAAUAAAUAAAUAAAUAAAUAAAUAAAUAAAUAAAUACUCAUACUCUUUCUAGAGAGAGAAAGAGAUAGACAGAGGAGAGAGAUAGAGGGACAGAGGAGAGAGAGAGAGAGAGAUCUCCGUCUCUGCCGCCCAGGCUGGGAGUGUGGAGGUGCUAUCAUGGCUCACUGCAGCCUCCAACUCCUGGACUCGAGAUCCUCCACCCCACCUUCCAAGUAGCUGGGACUACAGGUGCACACAGCUGACCACGCCUGGCUCAUUUUUAAAGUUUUUUUGUAAAAAUGGGGUGUCCCUAUGUUGCCCAGGCUGGAGUGUAGUGGUAUGAUCAUAGCUCAUGACAGCUUCGAACUCCUGGGCUCAAGCAACCCUCCCACCUCAGCUUCCACAUAGCUGGGACUACAGGCCUGCCCACCACACCCAGCUAAUUUUAAAAAAUUUUCUGUAGAAGCGGAGUCUUGCUAUGUUGCUCAGGCUGCUCUCCAACUCCAGACCUCAAGCCAUCCUACCACCUCUACCUUGCAAAGUGUUGGGAUUACAGGCAUGAGCCACAGCACCCGGCCUGUCUGUUCUGGACACACUUGGAGCACUUCUUGCUCUUCCACACCAUCUCAAUGACCAGGGUUGUCCAGAUGGCUUCUAAAGGCUCCUAACAGGGCAUAUCAUGUGAGGACUGCAUUUCAUCUGUUUGUAGGACAGUUGUAUGUACCUUCUUCAUACCUCAGACCCUGUCUAUAUCUGAAGUGGUGGUAUUUGCUUCCUCUCCCAGCCUUUCACCUCCUGUGCGUUCACUAAAUUCACCAGUCACUAAGGCAUGAAACUGACAGAUUUUACUCUGAACGUCCUCUUCCUUCUGGGAGGUGCCAGGUCCUAGACAGCUGUCUCCAUUUUUCUGUUCUUUGCAUUCUCACUGCUCUCCCCCGGGCCCUCCUUCUGUACUUUAAGUAUUAGCUUGCCUAUUGCAGCAGUCUUCUCUUUGGUCCUCCUGAUUGCCAUCUCCUUCUGCCAUCAUUCAGUCUACCCAUUCUCUUGAGACUAAUCUUCCUAAAGCAUGGAUCUAAAUAUAUUAUUUAGGCCGGGCGCAGUGGCUCACACCUGUAAUCCCAGCACUGUGGGAGGUGGAGGCAGGCGGAUCACCUGAGGUCAGGAGUUCGAGACCACCCUGCCCAACCCGUCUCUAUUAAGUAUAGAAAAAUUAGCCAGGCAUGGUGGCACACGCCUGUAAUCCCAGCUACUCCAGAAGCUGAGGCAGGAGAAUCACUUGAACCCAGGAGGCGGAGGCUGCAGUGAGCCGAGAUCAUGCCACUAUACUCCAGCCUGGGUGAUAGAGCAUGACUCUGUCUCAAAAUGAAUAAAUCAAUCAAUCUCUCAUUUACCUGCUCAAAAACUUUCAGUGGCUCCAAACUGUGGUCGGUUUACAUGCUUAGCUCAUUAGAAUGCCAUCCAAGCUCUAGAUCUGUGGCUUUCAAGCUGGGCUUUGAGACGCAUCAUGAGUUCAAAGGAGAGAGUAAGGGGAAGAAGCUGAACUGGGGAUUUCUGGUUUUCUAGCCCAUUGUCAAUCUUUGGGUUUUAUUCCUUUUUCAAAUUGUGCUUCCAUUUAAAAAAUGAGUUCCAGUUUAAAAAAUAUAUAUAUAUAUAUGCUGGACUGGGCAUGGUGGCUUAUGCCUGUAAUCCGAGCAAUUUGGGAGGUCGAGGUCGGCAGAUCACUUGAGCCCAGGAGUUCGAGGCCAGGCUGGGCAACAUAGGGAGACCCCAUUUCUACAAAAAAAUUUAAAAAUUAGCCGGAAGUGGUGGCAUGUGCUUGUAGUCCCAGCUAUUCAGGAGGCUGAGGUGGGAGGAUUGCUCGAGCCCAGGAGGUCAAGGCUGCAGUGAACUGUGUGAUAGUGCCACUGCACUCCAGCCUGGAUGACCGGGUGAGAUCCUGUCUCAAAAAAAAAAAAAAAAAGUUCAAUUAGCUGGGCAUGGUGGCACGCACCUGUAGUCCCAGCUACUUGGGAAUGCUGAGGUAAAAGAGGAUUGCUUGAGCUCAGAGUUCUCAGGUUGCAGUGAGCUAUGAUUGUGCCACUGCACUCCAGCCUGGGCAAGAGUGAUACCCUGAUUCUGUAAAAAAAAGAAAAGAAAGAAAAGUGCUUGAAAACCAUUGCAGUAAAUGAUCCAUUCUAAACUAUAAUCCCACAAAGUGUUCAUUUCCUACUUCUAUUAGAACAUGUCACAUUCAUUCAAAAAAUAUGUACUGAUAUCAACUAUUUGCCUGCCACUGUUAAGGACUGGGAAUAAAGCAGUGAACUGAACACGUUACCCUCAUAAUUUUACACUUUAUUGCAGGAAAAGAUGGACACUAAAAUAUAUGUGUCAAGGCCGGGAGUGGUGGCUCAUACCUGUAACCCUAGCACUUUGGGAGGCCAAAGUCAGGAGUUGAAGACCAGCCUGGGUAACAUGGCGAAACCCCGUCUCUACUAAAAAUACAAAAAUUAGCCGGAAAUCGCUUGAACCUGGGAGGCUAAGGUUGCAGUGAGCCGAGAUCGUGCCACUGCACUCCAGCCUGGGCAACAGAGCAAGACUCUGUCUCAAAAAAUAGUAAUAAACAAAAUAAAUGUGUCAAAUGGUGACAAUUACUGUGAGGGGAAAAAAGUUCCUUGGGAGUGGGAAGUGAUUACUUUUUAUGAGGUGGUUGAGAAAGGCCUCACUGAUAAGAUACUUAGAGAGCUGAAGGAGGUGGAGAGAGAGCCACGCUUAUCUCCAAAGGAACAGCAUUCCAGAGAGGAAUAUGCAUGGCAUGUUUAGAACAGCAGGAAAAGCCAAUGAGGCUGGAGCAAAGUUCAGCAAAGGCAAAGGCGGAGAGAGUUGAGAUCCAAGAGGGAGCAAGGAGUCAUGUCACGCCUUGAUGGGGAUGGUAAGGACUGUCUUUUACUCUGAAUAAAAUGGGAAUCUUUGCAGUUUGAACAAAGGACUAAUGAGAUUCAACUUAGUGUUCUUAAAAAGAUCUCUCUGGCCUCUCUGUUGAGAACAGUUCAUAGGAGAACUCUGGUUAAAACAGGGUUCCUGGUUAUAAGGCAGCACUCCAGGCAAGACAAGCCAGAGGUAUGGAUGAGAGAGGCAGAAGCAGAUAGAAGUGGUCACAUGCAGGAUGUAUUUUGAAAGUAGACCCGGCCAGGUGUAGUGGCUCAGGGCUGUAAUCCCAGCAUUUUGGGAGGCCAGGGCAGGAGGAUCACUUGAGCCCAGGAGUUCAAGACUAGCCUGGGCAAUGUAGCAAGACCCCGUCUCUAAAAAAAUAAAAAAUUAGCUGGGUUUGGUGGUUCAUGCCUGUAGUCCCAGGGACUUGGGAGGCUGAGGUGAGAGAAUCACUUUAGCCUGGGAAGUCAUGGCUGCAGUGAGCUGUGAUCAUGCCACUGCACUCCAGCCUGGGCAACAGAGCGAGACCCUGUCUAGGAAAAAAAAAAAAAGAAAGUAGACCCAAAAAAUUUGCAGAUGCUUUGCAUGCAGUGGGUAAGAGAAAGAGAGGAGUCAAGGAUGAGUCCAGGGUUUUUGUUACAUGAACUUUAAUGGAGUUGUAUUUAUUGAGUUGGCAAAGACUGCAGGAGAAACCCAUUUGGUGGGAGAGUGCGAAAUUGGGAAUUUGGUCUUGCACAUGUUAAGUUUAUUUUUUUCUUUAAAAAAAAAUUUUAAUGCUUUAAAAAUAAAUAGACAGAUGGGGUCUCACUAAGUUGCCCAGGCUGGUGUCAAACUCCUGGGCUCAAGCUGUCCUCCUGUCUUGACCUCCCAAAGUGUUGGGAUUAUAGGCAUGACCCACUGCACCUGGCUUUGCACAUGUUAAGUUUGAGGUGUUUGUUAGAUAUCCACAUGGAAACAUCAAGUACACAGUUGCAUAUGUGGGUUUCGAGUUUAGGGAUGAGAUUGAGAUGAAGAUAAAAAUGCUGCAGUCAGCCAGGUGUGGUAGCUCACGCCUGUAAUCCCAACACUUUGGGAGGCCGAGGUGGGUGGAUCACCUGAGGUCAGGAGUUUGAGACCAGCGUGGCCAACAUGGCGAAAUCCUGUCUCUACUAAAAAUACAAAAAAUUAGCCAGGUGUGGUGGUGGGCGCCUGUAAUCCCAGGUACUUGGGAGGCUGAGGCAGGAGAAUCGCUUGAACCUGGGAGGUAGAGGUUGCCGUGAGCCGAGAUUGCACCAUUGCACUCCAGCCUGGGCAACAGAGUGAGACUGUCUCAAAAAAAAAAAAAGGCUGGAGUCUUCAAUGUGGAAACAGAAUUUGGAUUUGGACUUAAGAAACGGGAUGAGAUACCUGGGAAGGCAUUGUAUAGUUUGUCUCUGACUGGCGAGGGUGAGAGGCUCUGUUUUAUUUUGUGUGUUUCUGUGUUUCUUUUCUUUUGUUUUUUUUUUUUUUUUACAGAGAGUCUCUUUUGCCCAUGUUGGGGUGCAGUUGUGCCAUCUCAGCUCACUGAAACCUCUGCCUCCUCGGUUCAGGCAAUUCUCCUGCGUCAGCCCCCGAGUAGCUGGGGAUUAUAGGCGCCCACCACCACACCUGGGUAAAUUUUUUGUAUUUUUAGUAGAGAUGGGGUUUCAUCAUGUUGGUCAGGCUGGUCUCAAACUCCUGACCCCAGGUGAUCUGCCCACCUUGGCCUCCCAAAGUGCUGGAUUACAGCUGUGAGGCACCGUGCCCGGCCUAUUUUGUGUGUUUCUGAUACCCCCUAGCACAGUUCCUCACACAUUGGGUAGGUGCUCAAUGAGUGCUUAUUAUACUGAGCAGGGACUUUGUGAUGCAAAUGACUGUAUCCCCAAUACCUAGCACAGAGUGGUACCCGGCAAAUAUUUGAUGAAUAAAUGUGUAUUUGAAUAAAGUGGAAAAAUGGUAACUGCCGUGGGAAAUGUCGGAGAUGGGUAUUCCAGAUCAUGAUUUCUCUCAAGAUCACUCACCUGGUCACCACCACAGGAUUUAUUCUGCUUUAUAUUACUUUUUUUUUUUUUUUUUUUUUUUUUUGAGACAGAAUCUCGCUCUGUCGCCCAGGCUGGAGUGCAGUGGUGCGGUCUCGGUUCACUGCAAGCUCCGCCUCCAGGGUUCACGCCAUUCUUCUGCCUCAGCCUCCUGAGUAGCUGGGACUACAGGCACGUGCCACCACACCGGCUAAUUUUUUUGUAUCUUUCGUAGAGACGGAGUUUCACUGUGUUAGCCAGGAUGGUCUCGAUCUCCUGACCUCGUGAUCCACCCGCCUCGGCCUCCCAAAGUGCUGGGAUUACAGGCGUGAGCCACUGUGCCCGGUGCUUUAUAUUAAAUUUAAACAUACUUGAGCACCAAAUUUGUAUGCUUUUCUCUACAGUCGUCAUAUGAGUGAAGGUGGUAAUGUGGGUUGCAGCAUUUUCUAAACAUGGCCAAACUUUGACCAUCUGGUGAGCUUUUGGCAUUUUCAGAAUAUUAGGCAUCACUCCAAAACCUACUGAAUCAGAAUCUCAGGGGUUGUGCCCUGGAGAAUUAUUUUUUAAAAGCUUGCUAGGUGUUUCUGAUUUAGCUCGUUCUCUGAUGGCAUUUGGAUAAUCAGUCCCAAGGCCCCAGGCCCUGCUCUGUCAUUGACUAUCCUUUUGAGUGAGUCAUUUGAUCUCUGGGUCUUUUUAAAAAAUAAAACAUAUGAAAACCUGUCAGCUGGGCACUUAUAAAAAAUGAAGGUGAGAGCUGGGUGCCUAGAUAUGUUUGUAAUACUUAAUCUCAUUUUGAUGCAUGCGGGGUCUGUGCUGAUAGCCUCCUUUUAUUCCUGAUGCUGGUCAUUUGCAUCCUCUUUGCUUUUUUUUUUUUUUUUUUUUUUUUGAUUAGUCUGGCUAGGGAUUUCUUGUUUUUAAUUCAUCUUUUCAAAGAGCCAAAAUUUGGUUUAAUUGAUUUUUUAAAUGUUUCUAUUUUAACUUCACUGAUUUCUACUCUUUCAUUAAUUUUUUUUUUUUAUUUUUAUUUUUUGAGAUAGUCUUGGUCUGUCACCUCUGCCUCCCAGGUUCAAGUGAUUCUCUGCCUCAGCAUCCCGAGUAGCAGGGAUUACAGGCGUGUGCCACCACACCUGGCUAAUUUUCCGCCACACCCGGCUAACUUUUGUAUUUUUUAGUAGAGAUGGGGUUUCACCAUGUUGGCCAGGUUGGUCUCAAACUCCUGGCCUCAAGUGAUCCGCCCGCCUCAGCCUCCCAAAGUGCUGGGAUUACAGGCGUGAGCCACUGCACCCAGCCCAGUCUGUGUACAGCUUUGCCCUAGGCUUUACUCCCUGCCUGCUGGGAGGAUGGAGAGGCGCCACAGAUGAAAGCUCAGCAUCCUUUCUCAGGUCUAUUCUGAGAACAUGCUCUGCACUCAGCAUGUGCAUGGCUAUUGAAAUUCCAUAGUACACAUGGGCAGGUCUGAAUUUCAGUACCCGAAUUUCCCAUAGAAACUCUCCACAGCUUCUUCUCCCAUGCUGUCAGCACACCUAUAGUUUGCUUCAACUGUAAUCUUUUGCCUAGGCAUCAGCGGGGUAUGCAUUUGAUUUACAGUGUUUUCAAGGAAUACCCUCUGUGUAGCCACUUUUCUGCCCUGCGUGAGUUCUGGGUUAGGUGAAACAAAGGCAGCUGCCCUGUAUCAGUCCUUUUGGCAGCCCUCGGGCAGCUGAGAACAGGAAAACACAAUGCUUUGAGAAUAAGGUCUGCUCUGCUGCCUUCAAUACCAGAAACCACACUGGGAAUGUGGGCUGCCAUCUUCAAGGCUCCCACUGAACCAUGGAAGGUUGUGGGGCAAGGGCAAGUAAAAAAAACCCAGUUUUCCUACCAUUUUGAAGUUGCUUUUUUCUUGAUUCAGUGUUCAUUUGGAGUAUUAGUCAGUUUUCACACUGCUAGAAAGAACUGCCUGAGCCUGGGUAAUUUAUAAAGAAAGGAGGUUUAAUUGACUCACAGUUCCACUUGGCUGGGGAGGCCUCAGGAGACUUACAAUCAUGGCAGAAAGCGAACAAGAAGCAAGUACCAUCUUCACUGGGUGGCAGGAGAGAGUGCAGCGGAAACUGCCACUUAAAAACCAUCAGAUCUCGUGAGAACUCCCUCACUAUCACGAGAACAGUAUAGGGCGAACCACGCCUGUGAUCCAGUCACCUCCCACCAGGUCCCUCCUUGACCCCUGGGAAUUACAAUUUAGGAUGAGAUGUGCGUGGGGACAAAGAGCCAUAUCAGAUGAUUUGGUUAUUGUAAACCUUUGAUUAUUUUUCUACAGUUCUCAUGAAGUUGAUUUAGACAGUUUUGCUUGGUUUAUCAAUGUUUCUGUGGGGGAUGGGGACUUGGAGCUACCUACUCUGCCAUUUUUGCUGAAAUCAGUCAACAUGUUAUAUUUUCACUUUUACAUAAUUCAAUGUUUUCCAGUUUCCCUUGCGACUUAUUCUUUGACCCAUGAAUUAUUUAGAAGUGUAUUUAAUUUCCAUGUGUUUAGAGAUUUUCUGGUUUCUUUUUAAAAUUGAUUUAGUUUAAUUAUUUUAUGGUCACAAAACAUAUUUCAUAUGAUUUCAGUUAUUUUACGUUUCUUAAGAUUUGUUUUGGCUGGGCAUGGUGGCUCACACCUGUAAUCCCAUCACUUUGGGAGGCCGAGGCGGGCGGAUCACCUGAGGUCAGGAGUUUGAGACCAGCCUGACCAACAUGGCAAAACCCCGUCUCAAAAACACAAAAAUUAGCCAGGCAUGGUGGUGUAUGCCUGUAAUCCCAGCUACUCAGAAGCUGAGGCAGGAAAAUUGCUUGAACCCAGGAGGCGGAAGUUGCAGUAAGCCAAGAUUGCACCUCUGCACUCCAGCCUGGGUGACAGAAAAAGACUCCACCCCAAAAAAAGAUUUGUUUUAUGACCCAGGUUCUAGUAAAUCUUGCUGAAUCUUCCAUGGGCAAAGAAUGUGUACCCUGCUGUUGCUGUGUGAAGUCUCCUGUAAAUGUCAGUUCGGUUCCAUUGAUUGAUAAUGAUGUUCAGUUAUUGUAUUGUUUGCUGAUUUUCUUUGCCGUUUUUUUCCUGUGAAUGGUCUAAGCUUCCUAUUUCCUGUUUCUUUGUAUAUUUUAUAGUUUUUUAUUGAGAACGUUGCAUUUUAAGUGUUACAAUGUAAUGACCCUCAAAAUGUGAUUCUCUCAGUCACCUGGGAUUGCUGGGUUUUGCUUGUUGAGGUCUGGAGCUCUCCUUUUGUUACUUUUCCAAACUAUUUUUGCAAAGUGUUUCUUCCUUGUGCUUGUGUGGUCACUGAAAUUUGUUUCAUUAUCUCUGCAGUCAACCAGCCACCUAACAUCGAUUUCCUUAAAUAGGUGGCUUUAAAUGGGGUGGGGCAGGGGAGGAUUUUGUCUCUUUAAUAAACUCUUCUGAAGGAUGUCCCUGGGGAAGCCACUAUUGCUAAGAGGGCCAAAUAAACCAAGGCAAGCAUCCGUGCUGGUCCUCAGAGACCCAUCAGACCCACCAAAGUGCAGAACCCACGGUUUUGGAGGACAGAGUUCCGCUGCUCGCCCUGGCAUCAGCCAGCUGCUUCGGGAACUCAGGCUCAGGAAUGGGGGAGUGUUGGCUGGUUGGCACAUGCCACUCACUCGUGAAGAUCAGCAGCCUCUCCCUUCAUUGUUUAAGUAUGUCUCUGGUUGUUAGGAGUUUCUGGUCAUGUUUCAGAGUUCCAGAAGAGCUAAUUCUCAUCAGUCUUUCUAGCUCAGUGGUUGCUUCAGUGAAGGGACUGACCUCUAGACUACAGUUUCCUACUCUGCCAUCUUAUGUGACUAUUGAUAUUUAUUUAUUUAUUUAUUUAUUGAGACAGAGUCUUACUCUGUUGGCUGGAGUGCAGUGGUGCAGUCACGGCUCACUGCAGCCUUGACCUCCUGGGCUUGAGUGAUUCUCUCACCUCAGCCUCCUGAGCAGCUGGGACUAUAGGUAUGUGCCACCAUGCCUGGCUAAUCUUUUUUUUUUUUUUUUUUCUUUUUGUAGAGAUGGGGUCUCGCUGUCAUGCCCAGGCUGGUCUCAAACUCCUGAGCUUAAGUGAUUCCCCCCGCCUCAGCCCCCUAACGUGCUGGGAUUACAGGCAUAAGCUACUACACUUGGCCAUGAGUCAUUUUUAAAAAAACAGAUUCCAACAACGUGUCUUUUUGAUUGCUAUGUUUAGAAGAUUUAUAUUUAAUUUUGGACGGGUUUUUAUUACCUAUUUUCUACUUGUUCCCUCUGGGUUUUUUUAUACCUGUUUCCCUUUUCUUGCCUUUUUAUGGGGUACUUGGACAUUUCUUAGUAUGCCAUUUAACUUCAUAUGCCAUGCUAAAUCUUAAUUCAGUAUGCCAUUUAGUAUAUAUUUUUGUAUAGGAUUUUAUAGGUGGCUGUAGAGAUUAUAUUAUACAUACUUAUGAUCAUUGGCUAGUAUCAACCUUUUACCAGUUCAAGUAGAAUGUAGAAGCUCUACCGCUUUCUAGGCCCCUCUGCCCUUUUUUAUGGUAUCGUUGUCUUGAAUAUCACCUCUACAUACAUUUAGAGCCACGUGAGAUAAUGUUAUGAUUUUGCUUUCGCCUAUCAAAUAUAAUUUUUAAACUCGAGAUUAUAUUCACCCAAAUAUUUACCCUCUUAUUGCUUUUUUAAAUUUCUUUUUUUAAAUUUAAUUUUUAUACUUUUUCUUCUGAAAAAAAUCUCUCUGGAUUUUUCUUCAUUUCUUUUUUUUUUUUUUUUUUUUUGAGACGGAGUCUCGCUCUGUGGCCCAGGCUGGAGUGCAGUGGCGCAAUCUCAGCUCACUGCAAGCUCCGCCUCCCGAGUUCAAGCAAUUCUCCUGCCUCAGCCUCUCCGAGUAGCUGGGACUACAGGCGCCCGCCACCACGCCUGGCUAAUUUUUUUGUAUUUUUAGUAGAGACGGGGUUUCACCGUGGUCUCGAUCUCCUGACCUCGUGAUCUGCCCGCCUCGGCCUCCCAAAGUGCUGGGAUUACAAGCGUGAGCCACCGCACCCGGCCUUUCUUCAUUUCUUUUUUUUUUUUGAGACAGAGUCUCACUCCGUCACCCAGGCUGGAGUGCACUGGUGUGAUCUCAGGUUACUGCAACCUCUGCCUCCCUGGUUCAAGUGAUUCUCCUGCCUCAGCCUCCUGAGUAGCUGGGAUUGCAGGCAUGCACCACCAUGCCUGGCUAAUUUUUAUAUUUUUAGUAGAGAUAGGGUUUCACCAUGUUGGCCAGGCUGGUCUUGAGCUCCUGACCUCAGGUGAUCCUCCUGCCUCAGCUUCCCAAAGUGCUGGGAUUACAGGUGUGAGCCACUGCGCCUGGCCUCUUCAGAUGUUUUUUGGGCACUGCACUCUUUUUCCUCUCCUUCUGGGAAUUCAGUGACAUGAAUGUUAGUGCUUUUGCUGUUGUCUCAUUGUUCAUUUUUUUUUUUCUAUUUGUUUUCUCUCUGUUGGUCAAAUAGGAUUAUUUCUACGUAAUUUUUUUCUUACGGCAAGAUUGUCACGAUACAGAUUGGAUCAUUUCUGCUGCUCUAUCAUCAAGGUCACGAAUUUUUUUCUCUGUUGUAUCUCCAUUCUGCUAUUGAGUUCACCCAUUGAGUUUUUUACUUAGUUAUUGUAAUUUCUAGUUCUGAAAUUACAAUGUAGUUCUUCUGUAUAUCUUCAAUGAGACUUUAUAUUUUUCAGUGUGUUUUGAGAGUGUUCAUAAUUACUUCUUGGGCCAUUUAUAAGAUAGCUCAUCUAAAAUCCUUAUGCAAUAAUUCCAACAUCUUUGUCAUCUUAGUGUUACCAUCUGUUGAUUGUCUUUCCUCAUUCAGAUUUUUUCUGGUUUUUAGUAUGAGUAGUAAUUUUUCUGGGUUCAGAUUUUUCUGGUUCUUAGUAUGAGGAAAAAGUUUUAAUUUUAUCCUGGACACUUUGAGUGUUAUGUUAUGAGGCUGUAGUUCCUGUUUAAAUAUUCUAUAUUAGCAGGCACUCAACUUGUUUAGAUUCGGGAUGCACUUUCUGUGGCCAGCAGGGCUCUGGUUCUAAGAUCAACUUAGUUUCCUAAGUUUUUGCAGAGCUCUUCUGGCCUCCUACACCUGUGUGCAACCCAGAGGCCAAUUUGUUUUUGUUUUUGUUGUUUGGAGACAGUGUCUUGCUCUGUUGCCCUGGCUGGAGUGCAAUGGCCCGGUCAUAGCUCACUGCAGCUAUAACCUCCCAGACUCAGUCACACCUCCUUCUCAGCCUCCUGAGUAGCUGGGACCAGAGGUACACACUACCACACCCAGCUAAUUUUUUAUAUUUAGUAGAGACAAGGUCUCACCCUGUUGCCCAGGCUGAUCUUGAACUCCUGCGCUCAAGUGUUCCUCCCAUCUCGGCCUCCCACAUUGUUGAGAUUACAGGCAUGAGCCACCGCACCCAGCCCUGGAAGCCAGUUUGAAACCUCAGAGUAUUCCACAUUGCCGUUGAGCUCUCAAAGCUUUUGCUGUGUUGAUCCUGGUUGUUUUCACACAUGGGCACUUGGAGGGCAUGGUCAGGACUUCCACACAUACUUAACCCGUUUCCCAUUUAGGAAAAAAAAAAAGCGCAGCUUGGUGCUAGCGCUCAUUUAAUUUUACAUAAACACACUUUUGAGGCUGAAGUAAAUCUGACUGAUUUUCAAUGCGAAAAUAAAAUAUGGAAACUGGGUUUGGCCUUCUUCCAAGUGUACUUCCCUUCCUUCCUUUCUUUACUGCUUUAAAGCUUUUUAAUAAACUUUAACUCCUGUUCUAAAAGAAAAUAUAUAUAUGUAUAUAUAUAAACUGUUCUUGGAGUUAUUAUUAAACAGAACUUGUCUUUAAUCCGAAUGUAACAGAAAUGUAUACGACAUUAUAUUAGGAUUAGAGAGGAGUAUUCGGCGGGUGGGACGGGGAACGGGAAAUGGGUUGGAGAAUCCUUUCCUCUAGCUCCUUACUGUCUUUGAGAGAGGAUGGGGUGUCACCUGUUACUGUGAUUCAAUCUUGUGCAGGUUGUGGAUAGUCAACAGGGCCCUUCCACACAGUCUUUCCAGUGCUUGGUGGAGAGGGGAGAGAUGCCACCUCUGCUUGUGUUGGCCCAAGGUGGGGAGGGUCAACAGGUCUUUGUUCCACAGUCUGUACAGUAUCUGGGGCAGGGGAAGGUGCAGCUUUUUUCAGGCUGUUUUCCUAGAGUAGGCUGUGUGUAGUCAAAAGGGCACUGUCCUGCAGGGCCGCCCUCUUCCCUGUCAUUUGGCUCGAAAGAUGAGGCUCCUUUUGCGGGGGGCGGGGGCUGAAGGGGGCAUUGGGCUUUCCUGGUUGUAGACUCUGCUCCAACUGAUAAGACAGGGUAUAUAGGAGACCAAAGAACAAACCAUCAAACCACCCUGGGAACUCACCACUGGGUCAGCCCUUCUCCACCUUUCCAGAAUUUGUUUGUUUGAUUGAUUGGAUCGUUGCUUCAUGUAUUUAUUUAUUUUUAAUUGAGAUGGUCUGGUUCUGUUGCCCAGGCUGGAGUGCAAUGGUGCGAUCUUAGCUCACUGCAGUCUCUACCUCCUGAGUUCAAGUAGUUCUCCUGCCUCAGCUUCCCAAGUAGCUGGGAUUACAGGCGCCCGCCACCAUGCCCAGCUCAUUUUGUAUUAUCAGUAGAGAUCGGGUUUCACCAUUUUGGCCAGGCUGGUCUUAAACUCCUGACCUCAGGUGAUCGGCCUGCCUUGGCCUCCCAGAGUGCUGGGAUUACAGGCGUGAGCCACCGUGCCCAGCUGCUUCAUGUAUUUUGAACAGGGAUUUUAGUUGUAAUUAGAAGAGAAAUAUAAUGGGUGUGCUUACUCCAUCUCCUGUGGAACUGGAAACAACAUUUGGCAUUGAAAAUUGUUGUCUUGAUAACUUUUAGGGUGUUACUUCUCAUUUUAGCGGCAAUACAUUUUGCUUCCAUGUGAUGAAACAUCCUACCCAUUUGCAUGUUGAUUGUGUCUCAUGUCCCAUCUCACAACAGGCAGUAAAAACCUAACCCUAUCUCCAGCCCAAAGCACCUUGCUAAAGAGCCCGCACUGCAGCCACUGUGCCUUUGCACUCUGGCUCAUGCGACCUCUCCAGAUCUUCCUCCUCAUUUCAUCUGUUCACUGGGGCCCUCUUAUCCAUGUGACUCGCCUCAGCCUUUUCACUCCUUGCUGGACACGGAGUAGGAUUAUUGGGAGGAUGAAAUAGAUGAAUGCGUGUCAAGCAUGUAGGAGAGCCUGUGGCACAGAAGCAGCACUCGGUACACGGUGCUGGUUGUUAUAGCCCUCAGUUUUGGCAUAAGCCUCAGCCUCAGGUAAAAGAUAACCUGAACUCCCACCAAAGUACGAGAGUCAGAUUCCUGUUCACCUCUAUUUAUAAAUGAACUUUCUUUUUUUUUUUUUAAGAGACAGGGUUGCACUCUGUCACCCAGGCUGGAAUGCAGUGAAGCGAUCAUAGCUCACUGCAGCAUUGACUUCCUGGGUUCCAGGGAUCCUCCUGCCUCAGCCUCCUGAGUAGGUGGGACUACAGGUUCACACCACUACACCCAGCUACUUGUUGUUGUUGUUGUUUUAGUACAGACGAGAUCUCUAUGUUGCCCAGGCUAGUCUUGAACUCCUGGGCUCAAGCAGUCCUCCCUCUUUGGCCUCCCAAAGUGCUGGGAGUACAGGCAUGAGCCACCGCGCCUGGCCUGGAUGAAGUUUUUCUUCACGCGGUACUCUGCACACAUUUAGUGAGUACUCGCCAUGCACCAUAUCCUAUGUGAGGGAUCAAAAGAUAGGCGAGAUACAGCCCAUGUCUUCAAAGAGCCCACAGGCCAGAGUGGGAGAAAUAGACACGCAGCACAGUGCUGUAAACUGAUAGGAAUGCAAUGAAAAUAUACACAGGAGAGAGGGGACCCCAAAGGGAGGGUGGCCAUAUGUUUGGGGCUGAGGAUAGGUUCCCAGAGGUGGUGACAGUUGGGCUGAAUCUUAAAAGAUAAGUGGGUUUUCCGGCCGGGCGCAGUGGCUCACACCUGUAAUGCCAGCACUUUGGGAGGCCAAAGUGGGCGGAUCAUGAAGUCAGGAGAUCGAGACCAUCCUGGCAAACAUGGUGAAACCCCAUCUCCACUAACACACACAAAAUUAGCCGGGCAUGGCUGUAGUCCCAGCUACUUGGGAGACUGAGGCAGGGGAAUCGCUUGAACCCAGGAGGCAGAGGUUGCAGUGAGCCGAGAUCACACCACUGUACUCCAGCCUGGCGACAGAGAGAGACUCCGUUUCAAAAAAAGAUCUAAGUAGGUUUUCCUAAGAUGAGUCAAGGCAUUUCCUGCAGAAGCAGAAUGAGCAAAACUUGAGAGCCACAGACCAGCAUGGUGGGUAAUUCAGUGUCCGCGUCGUCAGUGGUACAUGCCUACAGCCGUGUUGAAAUUGUGUCUGGAGAAGCACAUGAGCCAGACUCUCCCUGAUUUACAAGGCUCUUCAUCAUCGGGUCCCUCCUUAACUCCAAUUUCAUCUCUUGUCUUAUCUGUAAUUUAGUCUGAUAUCAUGCAUUAAUUAUAUACACGGCACACUGAUACACAGCAUUUAUUUGAAAGACAAACCUCUUGGAUGUGACUCUGGAGACAAGACCAGCAGCUCGAGACACAUUCAAUCCAAGGUAUAAAAUGGGGGAAAAUCAGCUCCAUCAUGGUUUGAAUUGAGGAUGGGCAGAAGAGCAGAGAAUAGCAGAUGCCCAGGUGGCAGCAACUUCACUCUUUUCCUGUGGAGUUGUGGCGUCUCCCCACCUCCACUGCGUCAGGACAUGCCAUGUGCCGUCUCUUUAUCCACAGCUGCCUCUGGCAUCAGCAGAGAAUAGUCAUGGGCAGAUGGAGCCGUGGAUUAGUUCUUUUUUCCAGUCUUCCCUUACUUUAUCUGGGUAAGAUUGGGCAGAUUGAAUUUGAUCUUCUAUACUGGGGCCAGGGAGCAGGGUGGAUCUAGACCAUGCAGCUUUUCCCUACUGACACCAGGUUGGGAGCAGGGAUUGGCUGCCAUUGUCCUCUCCAGCCUCUGUGUUCCUGGGACACCGCUGACUGGAGGCUGCUUCUCUUCUAAGGGAGUCUGGCACAGAAGGCACGACCCAGAGCACAUGGCACCUUCCUUCUCCUCCUGCACCAGUCUCCUUGCCCUCUGUAUUGUCAUCAUACUGAAGCAAACCAUUCAACUCAACUCACCAGGCUCUCUGGACUCCAGUCUCAUUGAUUCCUCUCCCUGAAACUCUUCCUUUUAGCCCCUCACAUCCUCAGCUGAAGAUCUCACUUCCUCCCAGAGGCCUUUGCCGACUGACCCCUCAGCUAGGCUAAAUCCUCAUCCUGCGCUUCCAUGAUAGCCUGUGGCAGAUGCUAUUUUCUGCAGGUGGCCACAGCCCUAUCUCCCAUCCCACACGCUCCUCUCAUAACAUGACCUUGUCACUUCUUCCAUCACAUGGUCAGGGUAUGUCUCUUUUCCUUGAGCCUAUGCACAUCUUUGUGAUUGCCCUGACCAAUAAAUAAAGCAGGACAGAAGCGACACUAUGAGAUUGCCAGGCUGCACUGUAAAAAUGCCAUGCCCUUCUGCUGUGUUGUCGUGGAAUGCUUGCCCUUAGAAGUAAGCUGCCGGACUGUGAUGAAGCCCAAACCAGCCCAGAUGGGGAGACUGCAAGGAGGGGCCACAUGGACAGAUUCCAGCCCACAGAUCAUUUGAAGUCCUGGCUGACAGCCAGUAUCAGCUCCUGGUUUUGUGAAUGAAGAUGCCUCUGAAUGAUUCCAGCCCCCUCCCAUUGAUCACACUUAAGCUCCACAUCUUCCCAGCUGAGGCCCCACAUGUCCUGGACCAGAGACAAGCCAGGCCUGUUGGAAUCACAGAGUCCCUGAUGAUAAUGAUUGUUUUUUGCCUCUAUGUUUUGGAUUGGUUUCUUGUGCAAUUAGUAACUGAAACAGACUUUACUUUUUUUUUUUUUUAAUACUUUAAGUUCUAGGGUACAUGUGCACAAUGUGCAGGUUUGUUACAUAUAUAUACAUGUGCCAUGUUGGUGUGCUGUACCCAUUAAGACUUUACUUCUUUAUACUCAUUAAGGAAUGAGACUGUGUCUUUUUUGUUUUUUUGUUUGUUUGUUUGUUUUGAGUCCAAGUUUUGCUCUUCUUGCCCAGGCUGGAGUGCAAUGGCGCGAUCUCGCCUCCCAAGUUCAAGCGAUUCUCCUGCCUCAGCCUCCUGAGUAGCUGGGAUUACAGGCAUGCGCCACCACGCCCGGCUAAUUUUGUAUUUUUAGUAGAGAUGGGGUUUGUCCAUGUUGGUUAGGCUGGUCUCGAGCUCUGGACCUCAGGUGAUCCGCCUGCCUUGGCCUUUCAAAGUGCUGGGAUUAUAGGCGUGAGCCACCACACCUGGCCUGUGUCUUUUUUUUUUUUUUUUUUUUUAACUUUUUGUAGAGAUAGGGUCUCGCUGUAGAGAUAGGGUCUCACUGUAUUGCUGAGGAUGGUUUUGAACUGGCCUCAAGCGAUCCUCCCACCUCAGCCUCCCAAAGUGCUGGGAGCACAGGCGUGAGCCACCGUGCCUGGCCUGACACUGUCUUCAGUGUUUAUUGGUGUUUCCUGUGUUGCACAAAACAGGUGGUAGUAGUAGGUGCAUCGUCAAUAGUGAGUUUAUGAGUAGAAGGUGUGUGUUUUUCUUUUUCGUGUGGGUGUCACACAGUUGGUGUCUAUGCGCCGGGAAGCACACACCUGUUUCUGCUUCCAGAGUUGUCUCUGGCCUGCAGUUCUAUGCUUCCCAGCUUGAUCCCUUCCUCUCCAGGAAUCUCCUCUCCCUCCCCACCCUGACCCGCCUAUUGGUGAGAGAUGCAACUGACUGUUUCUGCCACAUUUUUUUACUUACAGGUGGUACCUAUAUUGUUCACUCCACCUCUGCAGGGAAGAGGGUGAAGAAAUUAGAGGCUAGGGGUUCCAAACACAAACUUGACCCAUUUUACCAUUUUGUUAGCAACAAUCUUGAGAGAAUCAAUACAAACUUUGGGUAGCUUGGUACUUUGCCCUUCAGGAUAGUUCUUCCCUCGCAGUGUUAGGUUGUUGGGGUUAACCAUUACUUGCCAUUACAGAUGAGCUUCGGCUGCCCUCUAGUGGCAGCAGCAACCUGGAUCUCAGGAACAAAGAUCAUUCUAGCAUUGGUACCAGCUCUGUGUCAUGAGUAUGUCAUCAGUGCCCACCAUAUUACCUGGCAUCUAUUCGGAGCUAAUAACUAACUAAUAUUGAUUAACAAACUAGCCAACAUGCACUGCUUUUUGUUUUUGAGACGAGUCUCACUAGCCUAGGCUGGAGUACGGUGGCACGAUCUCGGCUCCUCCUCCGCCUCCCACCUCCCAGGUUCAAGCAGUUCUUCUGCCUCAUCCUCCCUAGUAGCUGGGAUUACAGGUGUGCACUACUACACCCGGCUAAAUUUUUUGUAUUUUUAGUAGAGACAGGAUUUCCCUGUGUUGGCCAGGCUGGUCUUGAACUCCUGACCUGAGGUGAUCCGCCUGCCUUGGCCUCCCAAAGCACUGGGAUUACAGGUGUGAGCCACUGCACCCAGGCUUUUUGUUUGUUUGUUGAGACAGAGUCUCACUCUGUCACCCAGGCUGGAGUGCAGUGGCGCGAUCUCAGCUCACUACAACCUCCGCCUCCUGGGUUCAAGAGAUUCUUCUGCCUCAGCCUCCCAAGUAGCUGGGAUUAUAGGUGCCCACCACCAUGCCAGGCUAAUUUUCGUAUUUUUAGUAGAGUAAUUUAGUAAUUUUUGUAUUUUUAAUCUCGAACUCCUGAGCUCAGGUGAUCCACCCGCCUUGGCCUCCCAAAGUGCCGGGAUUACAGACAUGAGCCACCAUGCCUGGCCCUUUGCCCACUUUUUGAUGGGGAUAUUUGUUUUUUUCUUGUAAAUUUGUUUAAGUUCCUUGUAGUUUCUGGAUCUACAAAAAUCUGCAAGAUUCUGGAUCUGACCUUUGUCAGAUGGGUAGAUUGCAAAAAUUUUCUCUCGUUCUGUAGGCUGCCUGUUCACUCUGAUGCUAGUGUCUUUUGCUAUGCAGAAGCUCUUUAGUUUAAUUAGAUCUCAUUUGUCAAUUUUGGCUUUUGUUGCAAUUGCUUUUGGUGUUUUAGUCAUGAAGUCUUUGCCCAUGCCUAUGUCCUGAAUGGUAUUGCCUAGAUUUUCUUCUAGGAUUUUUAUGGUUUUGGAUUUUACAUUUAAGUCUUUAAUCCAUCUUGAGUUAAUUUUUUAUAAGGUACAAGGAAGGGGUCCAAUUUCAGUUUUCUGUAUAUGGCUAGCCAGUCUUCCUAGCACCAUUAAAUAGAGAAUCCUUUCCCUAUUGCUUGUUUUUGUCAGGUUUGUCGAAGAUCAGAUGGUUGUAGAUGUGUGGUGUUAUUUCUGAGGUCUCUGUUCUGUUCCAUUGCUAUAUAUUGGUUUUGUACCAGUACCAUGCUGUUUGGGUUACAGUAGCCUUGUAGUGUAGUUUGAAGUCAGGUAGCGUGAUGCCUCCAUCUUUGUUCUUUUUGCUUAGUAUUGUCUUGGCUAUAUGGGCUCGUUUUUGGUUCCAUAUGAAAUUUAAAGUAGUUUUUUCUAAUUCUGCAAAGACAGUCAGUAGCUUGUUGGGAAUAGCAUUGAAUCUGUAAAUUAUUUUGGGUAGUAUAGCCAUUUUCACAAUAUUGAUUCUUCCUAUCCAUGAGCAUGGAAUGUGUUUCCAUUUGUUUGUGUACUCUCUUAUUUCCUUGAGCAGUGGUUUGUAGUUCUCCUUGAAGAGGUCCUUCACGAUUUAUGAGAGUUUUUAAAAAGUCUUUGUCUGCUAAGUCCAAUAUCUGGGCUUCCUAAGGGCUGAUUUCCAUCAACUUAUUUUGUUACUUUGAAUACGUUCCCUUGUCUUUGCAUGAUUUGUGAUUGUCAUUGAAACAUGGACAUUUGAAUAUUGCAAGGUAGUGGCCGGGCGCGGUGGCUCAAGCUUGUAAUCCCAGCACUUUGGGAGGCCGAGGCGGGCGAAUCACGAGGUCAGGAGAUCGAGACCACGGUGAAACCCCGUCUCUACUAAAAAUACAAAAAAUUAGCCGGGCGUCGUGGUGAGCGCCUGUAGUCCCAGCUACUCGGAGAGGCUGAGGCAGGAGAAUGGCGUGAACCCGGGAGGCGGAGCUUGCAGUGAGCCGAGAUUGCGCCACUGCACUCCAGCCUGGGCCACAGAGCAAGACUCCAUCUCAAAAAAAAAAAAAAAAAAAAAAUUGCAAGGUAGUAACUCUGGCAUUUAGAUGACUCUUCUCAUUGUGUUUGCUAUGUGUUUGUGAGUGAGUGUGUUUUUAAUCAUUGAAGGCUGUAGUAGUACAUACGUUUAGUGACUUCCAAACUAUUUUUGCAAAGAUUUAUCAUUUUCAUAUGUGGUCGCUGAAGUCUCUGAUUCUUUUAGCUUGUGUUCAACUCACAUUUUGAUAGAGAUUUCCUUGAAUACUAGGAGCUAAAAAUGGAAGAAAACACCUCUCCCAGUCUUUGAAGCAUGCCUUUGCACCACAGCUUUACUUCAGCACUUAGCUAGGCCUGCACUGACCCUCGUAAUCAGGCCAAGGUGAAAACUUAGGGUCUUUGUCAGGUGUUUGUGAGCGAGCAUCCUGCCCUGGGCAAAGCCCCUGAAACAUCUCAGUGCUUGUGACUGCCCUGCUUUCCCAGAGGAAUCCUCCCCAGCUUUCCUGCUUUCCCAGAGGAAUCCUCCCCAGCUUUCCUGCUUUCCCAGAGGAAUCCUCCCCAGCUUUCCUGCUUUCCGAGAGGAAUUCUCCCCAGUUUUUCUUCUCUGAUUUAGGAAGUCUCUAUUAGUUUGCUAGGGCUACCAUAACAAAAUGCCACAGGCCAUGUGGCUUCAACAGCUGGAAGUUAUUUUCUCACAGUUCUAGAGGCCAGAAGUCAAAGAUCAAGAUGCCAGCAGGGCUGACUUCUCCAGAGUCUUCUCUCGUUGGCUUGCAGAUAGCUGCCUUCUUGCUAUGUCCUCAUGUGACCUUUUCUCUGCAUGUCUCUGGCAUUUCUGCUUGUUUCUUUUGUGUUUUUUUGAGAUGGAGUCUCGCUCUGUCUCCAGGCUCGAGUGCAGUGGCACGAUCUCGGCUCACUGCAACCUCUACCUCCCAGGUUCAAGCGAUUCUCAAGCCUCAGCCUCCCUAGUAGCUGGGAUUACAGGCACCUGCCACCACACCUGGCUAAUAUUUGUAUUUUUAGUAGAGACAGGGUUUGCCAUGUUGGUCAGGCUGGUCUUGAACUCCUAACUUUAGGUGAUCUGCCCACCUCAGCCUCCCAAAGUGCUGGGAUUACAGGCAUGAGCCACCAUGCCCAGCCAUCCCUGGCAUUUCUUCCUGUUCUUUAAGGACACCAGAGAAUGGAACUCAGCUCUUUCCCCUACUAUUCCCGGGCGUGGUGGCUCACACCUGUAAUCCCAGCACUUGGGAGGCCCGAGGGUGGGCGGAUCACGAGGUCAGGAGAUCGAGACCAUCCUGGCUAACACGGUGAAACCCCUUCUCUAUUAAAAAAUACAAAAAAAUUAGCCGGGCAUGGCCAGGCGUGGCGGUGGGUGCCUGUAGUCUCAGCUACUCAGGAGGCUGAGGCAGGAGAAUGGCGUGAACCCGAGAGGCAGAGCUUGCAGUGAGCCGAGAUUGUGCCACUGCACUCCAGCCUGGGCGACAGAGCAAGACUCCAUCCCCCCCAAAAAAAGAACACCAGUCAUACUGGCUUAGGGUCCCACCCUUCUGACCUCAUUUAGCCUUAACUACCUUUUUAAAGGCCCUAUCUCCAGGUAGGUCAUGUGGGUUAAGGGUUCAACAUAUGCAUUUGGGGAGUACAAUCAAGUGCAUAACAGUAGACUGUUGUAGCAAUGCAAGAAUGGCCAUGUUAAAAAAAAAAAAAGUGGAGGCCAGGCACGGUGGCUCACGCCUGUAAUCCCAGCACUUUGGGAGGCCAAGGUGGGCGGAUCACUUGAGGUCAAGAGUUCGAGACCAUCCUGGCCAACAUGGUGAAAACCCAUCUCUACUAAAAAUACAAAAAUUAGCCAGGCGUGGUGGUGGGUCCCUGUAGUCCCAGCUACUUGGGGGACUGAGGCAGGAGAAUCCCUUGAACCUGGGAGGCAGAUGUUGCAGUGAGCUGAGAUCUUCACCACUGCACUCCAGCCUGGGCGACAGAGUGAGACUCAGUCUCAAAAAAAAAAAAGAGAGAAAACAGUGGAGUGUUGUGAGUCUCAACUGUCAGGUUUUGCCCCAGUCCUGUGUAGAUUGUUUGCCUUGCAAUGUUUUUGAGCAAUGCUCACUACUUUUCCAGCCUCAGUGAGUUCUAACUUCAGCAAAUAGACAGGCAUCUACAUCAUUCCCUCAGUAACUCUCAGAUGUGUGAUAGCAGAUUUACCAGUAAUUUGAAGGUAGGGUCUGCCCUGUCCCUGUGGAAUGCCAAGAGGCCCCACACUGGGAAUGCAGCCUUCUGUCUUCAAGACUCCUGUAGAAGCCAGGUGCGGUGGCUCACGCCUACAGUCCCAGCUGCUUGGAAGGCUGAGGUGAGAGAAUCACUUGAGCCCAGGAGUUCAAGGGUAGAGUGAGCCAUGAUCACGCCACUGCACUCCAGCCUGGGCAACAGAGCAAGAUCCUGUCUCUUAAAAAACAUUGCCACAGAGGUUUUCUACCUUUCCUUUUUAAGUUGCCUUUUUCUUGAUUCAGCAUUCAUUUGGUUGUUGUAAGGCUUUGGCUGUUUUUCAGAGUUGUUUCUAAUAAUAACUUUUUUUUUUUUAAGAUGGAGUUUCGCUCUUGUUGCCCAGGCUGGAGUGCAAUGGCGCCAUCUCGGCUCACUGCAACCUCCGCCUCCCCGAUUUCAAGCAAUUCUCUUGCCUCAGCCUCCCGAGUAGCUGGGAUUACAGGCAUGUGCCACCACACUUGGCUAAUUUUGUAUUUUUAGUAGAGAUGGGGUUUCACCAUGUUGGUCAGUCUGGUCUCAAACUCCUGACCUCAGGUGAUCCACCUGCCUCAGCCUUCCAAAGUGCUGGGAUUAUAGGUGUAAGACCACGCCUGGCUUUUUUUUUUUUUUUUUUUUCUGUUUCUGUUGGGUGAUGGGAGCUUGGAGCUGUCUACUCUGCCCUUUUGCUGAUAUCAGUCCUCAAUUAUAUUUUAAAGAGAUUUAAAUAAUAAGGAAAAACAGGCACAUAUAAAUAUAUGUAGUCACCAUUUUCAAUGCCUUUCAUUCCUUUGUGUAGAUCCAGAUUUCCAUUUGGUAUUUUUCUUCUGCCUGAAGGACAUCCUUAACAUUUCUUAUAGUGCUUAUUGGUGAUGAA